AUGUACAUGUAUCGCGAUAUUUCAAAUAUCGUAGCGACUGAAAAACGAAGCGGCCUGGUGCAGCGCAUUCAGUUGCCUGAGAACAUCAUAAACGAGAGAUUCAUCUGGGUUCCAGGUGAGUCUCUCGAAAAAACCAAAUUGCGUGAACAAGAAGACUUUUUUGAAAAUCCUGCGUUUUGUAACGUUAUGGGUAUCAUUCUACUGGCUGCCAUAUUGACUUUUCUACCAUAUAAAGCUUACGGAAAAUCAAUAACAUCUGAUUUGGCACAACUGACUUUAGUUCAAAACUUUACUAAAUGGGAAGCAGCUGGUCAUUUAAGUCUGCUUGAUGCAUACUAUUUGUACAAUAUCUUUGGAGAUCGGUGGGACGUAGCACUGAACGGAGCUUGGAAACAUUUCGUGAAAAAAUACAAAAGAGAAUAUGCUGGUCCCGUUGAACAGGCCAGAAGAUUUCGUAUUUUCACAAGAAAUUUUAUCAGAGUCAAUCAACAUAACGUGCGUUACAUCCAAGGCGACACUUUCUACACAAUGGGAAUUAAUAGAUUUAGUGAUCGAACAACAGAAGAAUUCAGGCGGCUCUUAGGAUUUCGUGAUCUUAGAAACACAUCAAGGGUAAAUUCGAAAUACAUCACUAUCGCAACAGAACCGCCUCCAUCAAUCGACUGGCGCACUACAGGAGCAGUUACUCCAGUCAAAGACCAAGGACAAUGUGGCUCAUGCUGGGCUUUUUCAGCCACGGGCGCUAUUGAGGGCCAACAUUUCAUGGCAACGAAACAGCUUGUAUCACUCUCAGAACAGCAGCUUGUAGAUUGUAGCUCACAUUUCGGAAAUUUCGGCUGCUCGGGUGGUUGGAUGGACAACGCGUUUAAAUACGUAAAACAUACCCAUGGAAUCACCACCGAAACUAAUUAUCCUUACAUUUCCGGGGAAACGGGUGCCCCUAAUCCCCACUGUAAGUUUCAUGGCAAAACUGUCGCUACUACAGUCACCGGGAUUGUGGAUCUACCUCGUGGCAAUGAAUCUGCCCUGAAGCAAGCUGUUGGUUUACAUGGUCCCAUCUCCGUUGCAAUACACGCGAGUCUUGAGAGUUUUGUGGGAUACAAAUCAGGCGUGUAUUCAGAUGAACAAUGUUCCUCCGAUGAAUUGGAUCACGCCGUCCUGGUUGUGGGCUACGGUGAGGAAAAUGGGAUACCUUACUGGUUGAUUAAGAACAGUUGGGGUGUUGACUGGGGUGAACUGGGCUAUGUGAAGAUUCGUCGCAACCACCACAAUCUCUGUGGCGUAGCUUCUAGAGCUUCCUACCCUCUGAUGUAGGAGGCCAAGGCUUAUUGGUAACUCCCUUCAACUGAAGUUUACUUUUAUUUAUGUGGCCUGCAUGAGAUGAAUGCUAAAUCAAAACAUGGCUGUCAAAACAUUAUGAUCCACUUUUUGUAUUUUUGCUUGCUUUCAAAUUUUGCUAUCACGAUUUUUAAUUCGACACCGUCAUAGAUUCCAAACUGAUCACUGCCAUUAUUUUGUUCAAUAACGUAUAACAACUCUCGUGCAAAAAGCUAUUCUUUUUUCGUAAAACUCUAAAAAGGUAUCCCCCUUAAUAAUGCAACAUUUAUCAAAAAGCUCACCCUUCUUUACGUGUGAUAUCACAGCAUUUCAAACGAUUACCCUCAAUAUUAUUCUCCCACUAUAUAUAUAUAUACAUAUAUAAUU